CGUCAGACAGAGUAGCGAGCGGACAGAUUUUGUUUUCAUUCAAGUUUUCUUCCAUACAUUCAUUCAUUUGAAGCUACGUUCUCGCGUAAUAUUUUCGGAAUCUAGGAGUAAACGACGAUUACGUUCUGUUCCCGCACAAAAGUAAACACAGAUUCCGUUUGUUUACUAUCGUCUGCGUUUAUUAUCAGUGAUAUUAAAAGUACCGCCGUGCGACGAAAGAACAAGCAUCAGGAGGCCUUCGAGGAGAUAAACGUAUCAAGAGUGAUAUUUUGAUCCAGAGCUGCCUCCAUCGGUUGUCGUCUGAAUCAUCGUUCAAUUGUACAUACACCCGAGUUCAACCGUUUCGCUAAUGCUCGGCCUCAGUAGCACCUAGCGACUACUCUACAAUGACCGACAACAACAAUUUUCACCACAUCCCGCAGCACGUGAUCAAACAUGAGACGAUCCAGUCGUCGUCCUCAUUGCCGCCACAGCAAUCCCAGAUCCAGGUCUACCUUCACCAUCAGGCGGCCCACAGCCAAUUGCAUGGCCCUCCCAAGGGCACGUUAAAAAUGGUCGAAACCCUUCCGGUGGAUCAUUCGGUGCCCACCGCCGGGUUAGACUACAGCACGCAUCACCACCACCCGCAGCAAAUCAUCGAGUAUGAUCCGGUCAGCGAUCCGAACCAACCGGUGAAUGUGGUCAUUGAACACCAGCAGGUGGAAACUCAACCGACCAUGGAGCAACAGGAGCAGAGCGUAAUAGAAGCGCUCUGUCAGCAAGCUCACCAGAACCGACUGCACCAGGAACAGCAGCAAAACGCCAAGGGCAAAAGGAUGCGGAUGGAUAAUUCAAACCAUGAGAAUGGAUCUGGCUAUCCGAGCGAGGACGAAGAUCACGAAGAUCCUCGAAGGAAGAUCGUGGUCCACCAGGGCCCUGGUGGGGAAUCGAUCGAAGAGCAGGAGCAAAGUAUUAUCGAAGCGCUCUAUCAGCAACAGCAGCAGAACCAGCUCCGCAAACAACUCAUCAUACAUCAGCACGUUAGUCAACAGCUGCCAUUCCAGCUGAAACGUUCGCCAAGUCCGCCGUCGCGGUCGCUUUCUCCCUCCCAAUCUCCAACCGUUUCGGGUACGACCGAUUCGCUAAGUUCUCGCAUCACACCCGCAUCUCAGCCCCCGCCGCCGAUCUCGUUGGCCAACAUCAAUCAGAGUAACUUUAUCGCUCGGUUGAUCAGCAAGGACAACAUUCUGCUUAUCUCGGAGGAUUUGAUCGAAAUCGGGCGGAACUCGUCGCGGGCGCAGGUGGAUUUCCACGUCGGACGGAACAGCUUCGUGUCGCGGAAGCACCUGCUGCUGCACCACGAUCACACCGAUGGCGAGUUUUAUUUAUCCUGCUUGAGUAAAAAUGGGGUGUUUGUGGAUAACAUUUUCCACCGGAAAGGUGCCGAGCCGUAUUUGCUGCCAAGAGUCUGCAACAUACGUUUUCCAAGUACAAAUAUAAAAAUCCAAUUCGAAAACUUGUACCACAAAAAUAACUCCGAUGGAUCACGUGACCUGCUGGACACCAGUUGCGGGCCGUACGCUGCCAGCAGCAGUACAAUGCAAGUCUCAGGCAAUGGUCCAUCCAGCCACAACGAUAUGCAUCCUGCCUCUACGUCCACGAGUAGUACAAGCAUGUACGCCCCGCUCAAGAUCUCCAUACCGCCCGAACCGCCCAGCUCUUCGUCGAUGGAGCACAUGGAUCUGAGUGGGCGCAUCCGGGACAAUGGCAAGAGUCCGUACCCAUCGCCGACGGGCACGAUCAGUGCCGCCAAUAGUUGUCCUACCAGUCCCCGCCAAGGUUAUCACGAUUUCUCCGUAUAUACAUCCGGCCAUAUUGGAUCGGUGGGCGGAAUACUCAGUCACGAUAUUAGUGGUUCAAGUGGCCACUUAGCGUCAAGCAGUAGCGGGAGCGCAGUCGGCAGCCACAGCUUUAACGACUUCCAGCCGCCGGCCACAUCGCAGUCGCUUGAGAACGAAAAACCUCCUUACAGUUACGCCCAACUGAUUGUGCAAUCGAUUUCGGCCUCCCCCGAGAAGCAGCUGACGCUGUCCGGAAUCUACUCUUUUAUCUCAAAGAACUAUCCGUACUACCGAAACGGAGCGAACAAGGGCUGGCAAAACUCCAUACGGCACAAUCUGAGCUUGAACCGUUACUUCAUCAAGGUGCCCCGCUUGCAGGACGAACCGGGCAAGGGAAGUUUCUGGCGUAUCGAUCCCAACAGUGAGCUGAAGCUGGUGGAUCAAAGCUACCGCAAGAGGCGCCAGCGGGGAAGCCAGUGUUUCCGGACGCCGUACGGUAUGCCGAAGUCGGCUCCGGUAUCACCGACCCCGAUGGAUCCGGAAAGCCGGGAAGGUUCGCCAUUGAAUGACAUGCUGCUCCAGUCGGCGCCGGGUUCGCCGGGACAGGUGGCGGCCAACGCAUACGUUCACAGCAGCACUGGCACCAGCGUGGCAGGCCAUCCCGGGCAGGAAGAUUUUCUUACAAAACAACCCACCAAACGAGCUCAUCCGGAAUCUAUUGGUAAAUUUUUCAAACAGCAACAACCACCACAGCUCAUUGAAUCAACUGUAGCAGCAGCUUCCAAAACAUCAGCUGCCCAGGCGGCGGCUGAAGCUGGAUCGGGCCUGUAAACGAGCAGACACAAUUGCACCUGCAGUGAGACACGUUCCGCCACCCAUUUCCGCUUGCAAGCCACACAGCAUGGUGAAGAGGGAAACAACUUUUAUUGAUCAUAUAUGUACACAAUUAGUGCUACUACCAAUACACAUUAUAUUAAAAAUAUAGGUAAAAUCAAAAUACGAACAAAACCGCUAUUGUGUUCGUAUUUUAAUAUAUAAAUGUUGAUAAGCAUGAACUGGGAAUACAACACAACUCAGAUGACAUGAGAUGCAAAGCAAAAAAUAGAAUGAAAGCAUGAAGUUGUUGUUGUAAGCAGCCUAGAUUCUAAAAAGUUUAUCUAAUGCAGAAAAUAAUUCUUGUUUUGUAUCAAUUUUUAUGUGACUAAUAAAAUUUAUACAAAAAAAGAAUAAUUUCUGUAUUAGAAAUUAUUCUAUUUAGUAGAAGUGCUUGUUGUAAAAUGUCGAUGUCGUCAUAGUCGUUUUUAGCUAAAUAAGCCCGAGGCGUUCCCCUUCCGGUUCAUUCUCUCUGCGCAUUGUGUUUGCAUCGGCCCCUAUCAGGGAAUGACAAAAUUAGUUAUGCAAAGCUGUCGAUUCAUUUAAGCAUCCUACUAUUAUUCGUUUGUUAAUUUCUUAAAAGUUAUUGCAAUCAGGCGACUUUCGCCGUGCACAACCUCUUCAUUAAGGAAUCAAACGAGACAAACGAAAUCUACUUCAGGAACUCAAUGGAAUUGAUGGCUUUAUAUAUAUUAUUGAUUGAUGUUCAAUUUUUGGACCGAAAGUCUCUAACACGUCUCUAGAAACGGGGCGAUUACUGAGGAAGAGUCCUAUUCAAAAGCCAGCAUGAAACCAUCAAGUAAUAAACGAACAAAACCGGAGAAGCACUAGAAAAAAAAGAACAUACAGGAGGUACAAGCAAAACUCACAGACAGCAGACCCACAAAUACACAACUCACAUAAACAAACAUGCCAAUUCACUCACACAUGCAUCGGAUCAUUUUUGAUUGUUAUUAAAACUGUUGGGUUCGUGAAAA